GGGUAGCUGUGAAGGAGCAUGAGAUGGAAAUUGGGUACCCAACAGAUAUGAAUGAGUUUAAGACAUCAUCUGAUUUCUCAUCAACAUCUUUCAGCAACUUUGGCCAAUCCAUGGGAAACUCUUGGUUUUCUCAAGAUAAUAAUCAGCAGCCCCAGGAACUGCAACCAGCUGCAGAAAACUGUACAGAUAAUUCUCCGACAGAUUUGCGAAGAGCACCGAAAAAAUCGAAGCGUAAGAAAAGCAAGAACUCAUCAUCUCCCUCUUCUUCCGCAAGGUCGUCGAGGCCGUCGAGGUCGAGAUCAUCACACGCCGCCCCAACCGAAGAAGCUGGAGCUGCUCUCGUGCCGGAGAACCGAAUUCAAGUGGCCUAAUAAGAAGAUUCUAAUCUAUGUUAUUUUCAAGUUCUUGGAGAUCUUGAUAGAAAUUCUCCUAGUUUGUUAGAAGUUAUUAUGUAAUGAAAAUAGAAGGAAAAAAAAAGGAGCAGAGAAAGAUGCAGAGUUUUUGCUGGAAAAUUUUGAUUCUGUACAUUCUGAAAUUAGCCUUCUCUGCUUUUGUACAACAUUUUCAUUUAGUCCCUAAUUAAUGUAUGUAGAUUUUGAUAUUUAGGGAAUGUUUGGUGGUAUUAAAAAGCUUGAAUUUCAUGUUGAAUCACGUUCUCAAUGUACUCGUGAUGCGUCUGAUGUGAUUGGAGUUUCUGUAAAAAUGCUAUUUGUACAGAACAAUUCGAAGA